CGGCGGCGGCGGCACAGCAGCCCACUGUCUGCUCCAGGCCCGGGUAAAGUCAAAAGACUGAGAGAGGAGCCUUUGCUGCCCGCUAAAGCCGGCGGCCCGGUGGGGCGCGGCCAGUGCAUGAGGGCAGCGGGCGGAGGCGCAGAAGAAGGAGGAGGAGGAGGCGGGGGAGGCGGUGAGUCCCUCCCGCUCGCCCGCCUGGGCACUGGCAGCCCCUGCCGCCGCCUCCGCUCCUCACCGGGGCCCGGGAGACUGAGGCCGCCGCGAAGAGCCCGGGACAUGCGGCCUCUCCAGCCACAGCCAUCGCCGAGGAGACGGAGGACAUGAGGCUCCGCAAUGGCACCUUCCUCACGCUGCUGCUCGGCUGCCUUUGCGCGCUCUUCUCGCUUUCGUGGUACGGGGCCUUCGGCGGGCACAAAGGUGACGUUGUGGACAUCUAUCAGCGAGAGUUCCUAGCACUAAGAGACCGUUUGCAUGCUGCAGAACAGGAAAGCCUCAAGCGGUCGAAGGAGCUGAAUGUAGUCCUAGAUGAAAUAAAGAGAGCCAUCUCCGAAAAGCAAGCCCUACGGGACAUAAAUCGGACGUGGAGCAGUUUAUCUGAUGAAACAAAACUAAAACUGUGGAAUAUCACUAACAAGAAUGUGCUGCAUCUUCCAACCAUCUUCCAUCACUUGCCACAUUUGUUGUCAAAAGAGAACAGCCUGCAGCCAGCCAUUCAUCUGGGACAAGGGCGCACUGGAGUAUCAAUAGUCAUGGGGAUCCCCAGUGUCAAAAGGGAGGUCCACUCAUAUUUGACAGAUACCCUGAACUCCUUGAUCUCCGAGCUCAACCAGCAGGAGAAGGAAGAUUCUGUCAUUGUCGUCCUGAUUGCUGAGACAGAUCCACAAUAUACCACAGGAGUUGCAGAAAAUAUCAAAAGCUUAUUCCCCAAUGAAAUACAUUCUGGUCUGUUAGAGGUUAUUUCCCCUUCUCCACACUUCUAUCCAGAUUUCUCCCGGCUGCGAGAAUCUUUCGGUGACCCUAAAGAAAGAGUCAGGUGGAGAACUAAACAGAAUUUAGAUUAUUGCUUUUUAAUGAUGUAUGCACAAUCCAAAGGCAUAUAUUAUGUUCAGCUAGAAGAUGACAUUGUAGCCAAGCCAAAUUAUCUCAGCACAAUGAAGAACUUUGCUUUGCAGCAACCUUCUGAAGAAUGGAUGAUCUUGGAGUUUUCCCAGCUUGGUUUUAUUGGAAAGAUGUUCAAGUCCUUGGAUCUCAGUCUGAUUGUGGAAUUCAUACUUAUGUUCUACAAGGAUAAACCCAUCGAUUGGCUUCUUGAUCAUAUCCUCUGGGUAAAAGUUUGUAACCCAGAGAAAGAUGCAAAACAUUGUGACAGACAGAAGGCAAACCUAAGAAUCCGCUUCAAGCCUUCGCUCUUCCAACAUGUAGGAACCCAUUCCUCUCUGGCUGGUAAAAUACAAAAGUUGAAAGACAAAGAUUUUGGAAAGCAGUCUCUUCGGAAAGAGCACGUGAACCCUCCUGCAGAAGUGAGCACAAGCCUGAAGACCUACCAACACUUCUCCUUGGAGAAAGCCUACCUGAGAGAAGACUUUUUCUGGGCAUUUACUCCCACAGCGGGUGACUUUAUACGCUUUCGCUUCUUUAAGCCUCUCCGGGUUGAACGGUUUUUCUUCCGUAGUGGCAACAUUGAACACCCUGAAGACAAACUAUUCAACACAACAGUGGAAGUUUUGCCCUUUGAUAGUCUCCAGUCAGAUAAGGAAGCUCUGCAGGAGGGAAGAGCAACAGCAUUCAAGUACCACAGGACGUCUGAUGGCUACAUACAGAUAGGCUCAUUUUCAAAGGGCAUUGCUGAAGGAGAAGUGGACCCUUCCUUUGGCCCUCUGGAAGCAAUACGACUCUCCAUCCAGACUGACUCUCCUGUGUGGAUAAUCUUGAGUGAGAUAUUCCUGAAAAAAGCGGACUGAUCUUGAAGAUACAGGGAGUAAUAUAUCCAAUGGCUUUCUAGCUCUUCCAUUCUUCUAAGACAGUGAAGAUGCAUCAGAAUGAGUGGGCUACUAAUGAAGCGAAGCUAGAUGCGUAAAGAGCACCUCCUGCCCCAAGAACAGGAAGAAAAAUCUUGUGGUGAAAUUUGGGAGAACCUUGGGAGUUUUCUUACCAUUCUUAAAUGAGGAAGAGAAGAAUUUUUAACACGUAGGUGCUGGGACUCAAUUACAAGAAGCACCAUUGCUGGCUUACCUUACAGUCAGUUGCCUUUGCAGCUAGAACACGAACAUAGAAACAAAUAAGGAUUCUAGGGAUGAACUUUCUGUGUAGAAGGUUUUUUUUUUUUUCCUCUUGAGUAAGAACCAUGUUUUUCCUAUAUUUCUUUCUUCCUCCCUGAACAUUAAUCCAGAAUGUAUCAUUAAAAGGUACAUUUAGAAGUGCAGGCUUAUGGAAUGUGAAGCUAACAAAAAGGAAAGUUGAGCACUUAUGGAAAAGAAUCAAGAUGUAAUAAUACUUGACCUCCAAACUUUCAAGUAACCUUUGCUAUGUCCACACCUGAAAACAAAGUGCAAAGGAGGACCAUUCUUAAAAAUUGCAGAGAUGGUAGAUGGCAGGGAUAAAAAAAAAGAAAUAACAUGCAGGAACCACCCAUGGUUGAACAUGCCUCUUUCAUAAAUACAGAUCAUGUUAAACUUUCCGGUCUCUUCAUGCCUUGGGAAUCGGUGCAAAGUUUAUCCUUUUAAAUCCAUCUCUCUGUAAUGUACUGGUUGAUGUGAAUUUUAAAAAAGAAGAAAACUUUAGGUCAAUUCUCAAAGGAUAGGGGUUAGAGUUUAAAACAAAAACCCGAUGUCGCUAACUAUACACUGGAAUGCAUUAUACUA